UACGCGCGCUUUCGUAGAUCGAAACACCGUAGCAGCUCGGCAACGGCACUAAAUUGCAGUCACCAUUUGUCUCUCAGAGGUACCACAGAAAGAGCUACAUAUCGACGGUUGACACUCAGCGCUUGGUACCUAAUAAGAGGAAGUGUCUGCUGCAGCUUUCAGUUUGAAUCUAGCUGCCGAAAAGACUGGACGGGUUCGUGGUUCCUUCCAUACACCAACGUCAAAAGAAGUGCAUUCAGUUGCAUUAGGAUCUGGAAUCCGGUGAAGAACCACGCCAUAUCAAAAGCAUCACAACGAAGUAUCCCACGAGCUUAAAGAAACAGGAAAAGAAUAGUCUGCUUUUUAUUACCUGAUUAGUGAAUAGGAAGAGUUUUAUUGUUCGUUGAAUUUUUAAAUGCAUGAACAAUGUCUUUCUGGCGAAGAAAUGCGGUUAUAGCUGCGAUAUUCGAAGGUUGACUCGCAGUCAGUUCAGUUAGUGCAAUAUAAGUCCUGCCAACCGUUUUUUCCCUCCGUGCAAGAUUGCUGGUAGUGUGGUUAGCAAUACAGCGACGCAAGACAAACACAUCCAGACGAAGAACAGUGAACGUUUUCUGAAUAUAACAAAAUUUUAAAGCGCUGUUGCUAAGUGAAAAACCGGUUUGCACGCGGUCGUUGAAGCCGCGUUGAAACAGCUGUUCGACAGUACAUAUAUGAAGUGCGGUUUGAGGCAGGCCCACAUAAAAAAUUAAAGCUGAACAAAGCAUACAGAAGAAGCGUGUGUAGACGUACAACUAGUCAACUAAGAAGCAGGUCUCGUUCAAAAAGUGAAGCCAAGUGCAUUAAUCCCCCCAACAGUAUAUAGACUAACGACGAAAGGCCACGUGCGAGCCUUGUAUAUCAAAUAAUUUGGAGGAAUUUAGUGUGUGCGUUUCCCAAGGUGGAAUUGAAGAUAAAACGCAUUGUGAUAUUAGCGUGUAUUGGUGCUCUCUUUCCGUCCCUUCCUAUCCAACCUGACGUCUCCCGGAACCUAACCGGGCAGUUAAUCGAAGGGCACAGAUUACGUUAUCUUGCGAAAUAGUUGAACCACUCGUGCGGCGGUUUGACCCCCAUUUCUAAACUGGUGUGUUGCUGGUCUGUCUCGUGCGGACCUGUGCAAUAUCGACUCCCAUUCCGGCGGAGAAGGCUUCAAAAUUGAUCCCAACAUGGCACUGGAACAGAACAACGCUCCAAUCCACGUCACUGGUGAUGUGCUGGAGGACUUCGUCCACAUCUUCCGGGAGCUGCUUUCAAAGUAUCUGGACAUAGGCGAAGAUCUGAACGUACCUGAUGACUUCACGCAAAGCGAGAUGCAGAGCGGCAUGUGGUGGCGCCACUUGGCCGCCGGCGGUUUCGCAGGAGCCGUAUCCCGAACCUGCACGGCGCCACUCGACCGGCUCAAGGUGUUCCUACAGGUGCAAUCAACCAAACAGCGAAUCUCAGACUGCCUGCAGUACAUGCUGAAGGAGGGUGGCGUUCGGAGUCUCUGGCGGGGCAAUUUCAUCAACGUGCUCAAAAUCGCGCCUGAAUCGGCCAUCAAGUUCGCUGCCUACGAACAGGUGAAGCGGCUCAUCCGCGGAAACGACAAACGUCAGCUCUCGAUCUACGAGCGAUUCCUGGCGGGAGCGUGCGCCGGCGGAGUGUCACAAACGGCAAUUUACCCACUGGAAGUAUUAAAAACCCGACUAGCGUUAAGGAAAACCGGACAAUACAGCAGUAUACUGGACGCAGCGACCAAGAUCUACCGCCGUGAGGGUCUGCGCUCGUUCUACCGUGGCUACAUUCCAAACAUGCUCGGCAUCAUACCGUACGCCGGUAUCGAUCUGGCCGUGUACGAAACCCUCAAGAAGAAGUAUCUCAGCCACCACGAGACGGAACAGCCGAGCUUCUGGUUGCUGCUGGCGUGCGGUAGCGCCUCCAGCACUCUGGGACAGGUGUGCUCAUAUCCGCUGGCGCUGGUGCGGACGCGGUUACAGGCUCAAGCCGUGACAAUCGGCUCGCAGAACCCAGCCGAUGGGAUCGCCGCCGUCGAACCGAACAUGACGAACGUGUUCAAGCGGAUACUGCAAACCGAGGGCCCGCUGGGCCUGUACCGGGGCAUAACGCCAAACUUCAUCAAGGUGCUGCCGGCCGUAUCGAUCAGCUACGUCGUGUACGAGUACUCGAGCCGCGCUCUCGGCGUGAACAUGACGUGAUUUGGUGCGCCGGAAGCAACCCGAACCGUCGCGAUUAGCAUUAGUAGCACCACUGCCCUUAAUGCUAUCGUUCCGCAGCUGCCGACACCGGCGCCGUCUGCAGCAUCAGCAGCAGCAUCUUUAAAACUGCUACUUUCGCUACAACUGCUCUUGUUACUGGUUACGACAGUCAUCGUUGCUAAUGUUACUAGCCGCCGCCGUCGCCGCUGUCGCCGUUGUUGUAUCACCACCAUCUCGUUAAUCGUCAUACAGACAUCGAUCAGACCGCUCCAUCGACGACUUCGCCAUCGCCGAGGAGACGGUUCGAUUACUCCAGCUAUUUAUUAACUGAAUCAAAGUUUUCCGAACAUUUGCGCUUUCGAACAGAAAACGGAUCAAUGAACAAAGGACACAGCUUUAUUCAAUUUCCCAUUUCCCCAACCAUUUUAUUUGCCAAUCCUUUAUUCUUAGGUGUACAUAUUUGCAAUUUAACUUAUUUUCUGACCGUAAGCUUUAGUUUGUUCACUUAAUAUAAGUAGUAGCAACAAAUUGAAAAAAAAAAAAAUGGAAACCCAACUCCCGAAUGUCAGCUUUUUAUUAGAAAAUGCAAUUUUUGAUUUCCGUUUUUUUACUUUUAAUUAGUAACACAACAAUAAACAGAAAGCAAAAAAACAUUCUAACGAUUCCAGUUUCGAAUGAAACAACGCGAUGUUGGAACGUCCUUCAACCGCCGUCUCUCUAAAUUUCGGGAAGGUCAUAGAACUAUUGCAAACGAAACAUAAAACAAGUAAUAAAGUGCAAACAAUGAUUCAUAUAACUUAGCUUAUUUAUUUACCCGAGCGUCCACGGCGUAUUGAUUGUAUUGAGUUAGUAAAUUUUUUAGUUUAUUUUUACGCCAACUCCACAUUUCCCUUGUAAUAUUGAAUAUUACUCACACACGGAAGAACAAACCGUCCAAAUUCCGCUUACUAAAGUUUGUUUGUGGGGAACCAGGACGGGGAGUCGGCAGGUUGGGGCUCGACGUCGUCGUCGUCGUCGCGGAAAUCACUCCCUGCGGCAGGUUCGCACGGAGCAAGCGAGGUUACGGGAUUCCCGGCUCAUGACUCUUAAUAGCGGCGCAUUUGAUUGAUCCAACCGAAGCGCGCCUGAAAAUGCUCGAUCACUGUGGUUUAUUAACAAGUACAUAAAUUGAAGUUCAUUUGGAAUGGAAACAGUACGAAAAUAGUGUUUGCUUGUGCGCUUUUUCUUAUUAUAUUUAGUUAGGUGACUUUUUCAAUAAAAUAUAUAUUAUAAAAUUAGAGGAAUUUUCACUAAAUUCACUCACAACUCUAUAAAAUCUGGAAAACAGUGAGAGCAAGUUUGAGCGCGUUGUGCUUAUGUAUUAGGAAACAAAUUAAAAAUCAAGGAAAAAAAAAAAACAAUGAUGUGAGACUGAUGAACGUUGCGUGAAGCGUUUAGGAAUCUGAUACAGAAAGAAGCAGAAACGGAAGCACCUCCCCCGAAAAAAUGGUGCUACGUUCGGAAUCUGAUUAUAGAACAAGUGCGAAAAAUCGAGUGACAGAGAGAAGAAAUUCAAACACAUGCAAAUGUUUUGCAAAACUACAAUUCCUCCCGUGAAACGAUUUGUUAACUAGACCUUUUUUAGAUGUUAAAAGAAAUUCAAACCGCAACUCGUGCAACACUUAACUAAUGCAAAGCGUAAAGAGCGAUCUUUUUCAAAAAGUGAUUCCGUAUUUUCCCGUGUUUACUCUUUACCUUACAAGAAAAAAAAACCAACAGAAAAAAUACAAAAAAAAGUCGACUAUUGAAAACAGUUAGUGCGAAGAAAUUGAUAACCAAUUGCUGAAAAAUCAUUAGAGUAAAAAAAAAAUGAACGAAAGGAAUCAGUUUUGAACGAAAGUUGUACGCUGUGAAGGCACAAAGAAGAAAGGUGAAACUGAGAGAGAUAUGUUUCGAGAAUUAUAGGACAACAAAAAUACUAUUUAAUCUUCAAAUUGUGACGAAAAUAUUAAAAUGAUAUAGUAAUUGCCGCAAAUCGACAUAUAACAGACAGAAAACAGAAAACUCAAAUGAUGAAAUAUAAGUGAUAAUUCUUCAAGCAUUA